UUUUGCUAUUGUAACAUUUAUCUUCAUCUCAUCAGAAUUUAAAUAAAUUACACUGUCUACUAUUCCUAAAUGCAGGUCCUUUUGAGAAAUUAAUCUUUAACUUUUUAUCAACCUAGAACAGCCCUAAUUUAAUUCACGGGAUGGGGCAAAUAUCUAUACAUCAAUCUACUUGUGUAUAGUUGUCAUUAAUUUUCCAUCGGUAUUUGGGAGUUGAGAGCAGGUAAUAGUCGAGGACCGACCAGAAAGUAAAGGAAUGGAGUGUGGAGAAGAAGAAAAUGCUCCCCAUUGAAUUAAAAGAAGGCACGUACAGGAGCCUUUCAGUACAAAGGUUGAGAGAAGCUUGUGAAACUUAAUUGACUUUUCUCCUCGAUCGUAUGAUAUAAAGCACGUACCGGACUAAAACAUUUGCUCUCAUUAUUCAACACCGUGUAGCCAGAGAAGGAGAGAAGUUAAAGAUGGGAACCAGGUACAUGUGCGCUUUAUUAAUAUUGUCUUUAUUGCUUCAUUCAUUUAUGUUUAUUGGGGCAGAGGAAGGGGUGGGCGGAAGGGAAACUAUAAGAGCAAGUGGCCACGUGCAAGGCGGUUAUUUUUACGGCUCUCCACCUCCACCUCCCCCGAAGUGUCACCCACCGCCUCCACCUCCACCACCAGUAAGGUUGGAGAGAGCUCGCAGAGCGCUUGAAAAAUUCACUCGUUUAGUGGAUGACCCAAAUGGGUAUACGAGUAACUGGAAGGGUAGCGACGCUUGUAAGUUCAGGGGGGUGAGAUGUGCGAAAUAUCCAGACGGACAGCAAGCAGUUGCGGGACUAGAUCUGAAUGGAGCUGGCCUCUCUGGAAAAAAAUGUACAGCUCUCAUGCUCUCCGGCCUCUUGGACAGGAUACCAGAGCUCACAUUCUUCCACGUCAACUCCAACAACUUCAGCGGUGCCAUCCCAACCGACAUCACCAAGUACAAAUUUUUCUUCGAGUUAGACCUCAGUAACAACAAAUUGGAGGGCGAGUUCCCAAAGGAAGUGCUCCAGCCCAAGCCCAAGGACCAGCAGCUGGUGUUCCUCGACCUCAGGUUCAACCGUCUCUCCGGCCCAAUUCCACCCCAACUCUUUGACUUGGAUCUCGAUGUGAUUUUCAUCAACAACAAUGAAUUCACUGGCAAUCUCCCCGAUAACUUUGGCUCCACUCCUGCCAGGUACCUCACUUUUGCCAACAACCAGCUCACUGGUCCAAUCCCCCCAAGCAUCGGCAAAGCUUCCAAAACCCUCACCGAAGUCCUCUUCUUGGGCAACCACUUCCAGGGCUGCUUGCCCUUCCAAAUUGGCUACCUCGUUAAGGCCACCGUCUUUGAUGUCAGCAAAAACUCCUUAACGGGUCCCAUCCCACACUCCUUUGCCUGCUUGGCAAGCAUCCAGUUCCUCAACUUGGAGCGCAACCAGUUUUACGGAGAAGUUCCGGAGAUGCUUUGUCAGCUCCCAGGACUCCGCAACAAUGGGAGCCUGUCUUUAUCCGACAACUAUUUCACUCAGGUUGGCCCUGCAUGCAGGAACCUCAUAAAAAACAAAGUGCUGGACGUGAGCAACAAUUGCAUCCUGGGUCUUCCAAAUCAAAGGCCUCACGGACAAUGCACAGAAUUUUUCUCCAAGAUCAAGCCCUGCCCAAAUCCAAAGAAUCUCCAUUACGUCCCUUGUAAGGGAUACUACCCGCACACCCACCCCGCCGCCGCCGCUCCUCCGCUAACUUACAACUCUCUCAACCCUCAUCAUCUUCAUCUCUAGCUAGCUUCUCAUCCAUAUGAUCCAUCCAUGUCAUCCCACGUACGUACUAUACUAUUAAACUGCAUUACGUGGAUUCAUUUAUAUAUGCAUCAGAUCAAUUGUACUAUAUGUUAUUACUACGUACUUGCAUUUACCUACACGUGUUUGUCAUGUAUCUUGUCAUUAUUUGUACGCUGAUUAAUGAAUAAGCAGUUUGUUUGGACUGGA